AUUCCAGCCGAAACAUGAAUUACUUAGAUGUGCUGGUUUGAAGAGUAAAACUAGAGUUCUGCAGUCACAUAAACUGGGUGCAAGUCACAGUAAAAGUAAAGCUCUCCUUAAAUAUUUUUGUGGAGAGAAAGAGACGAGGAAGCUCUGUUCUUGUUCCAAUGGCGGAAGUAGGGAAAACCUAGUAUCCAGUAAAAUCCAAGACUGAAACCUAAAUCAAAGAAACCCACAUCUACAAGAUUCUGGGACAUUGCAUAAAAAGUGCUGGUUUGCAGCAACUAGUUUUAGCAAUACAAACUUGUUUCCUAAAAAGAAAACGGUUUCUGUUUCCAGCCUAACACGAAUUGCUUAACGAGGCGGCUAUAGAAACGCACCCAUAUCGGCUAGUUUUAGUAUUGACCGACGAUCAAACUACCAUCAAUCAAUAAAUAGUGGACGAGACGAAAAAAGGGAAGCUGGAAAAGAGAGAUGGAAGGAGAAGACCCUAAGAAGGUAAGUGUAGAAAAGGCCGAGAUCGCACUAGGAGAAGAAGCGGAAGCGAAGACGAUCAUGGAUAAAGGAAUAGAAGAAUCCAGCUCGGAAGGUGCCGUUCUUGCUGGGGUCACUGAGAAAUUAUGUCCCUGUGGUGGAACUUGUUUGAUUGUAACUGAAAGCACUGAUGAGAAUCGCGGUCGUUACAAGUGCCCAGUCAAAAAGGAAGAUGGAGGUUGCGGAUUCUUUGAGUUGUUUGACAAGUCAUCAGCAGGUUCUGACACUCGUCAAGACCACUCUGGGUCGUCCACUGCUCGAAUCCCUGAUCGUCAGUGCGAAUGUGGUGCUGGUCUGUGCAAAAUUAAGAGGCAAAAGAGAGGACAAUUUGUAGGCCAGAGGUUCUACCGUUGUCCUCUUAAGAGGAAAUCUUGUGGUUAUAUCAAAUGGGUUGACGAAAGUAAGGCAAACUAUGAUGCAAUGAAAUACUAUUGUGGAAGAGGGGGUUCUUGUAUUGCAUGUGGACAGGACGGCCAUUGGGCUAUAGACUGCACUCUCCAGACUUAUGCCCUGCCUCAAACCCUCCAUCCAUGGUAA